CAUCUUCUCUCCUCCCUUAAAUCUUGUGAAUUUCCCCUUCAUCAACUGACUCUGAACUUGAAUUUUCAAAUCCAGGGAAAAACCUGCAAAACCAACGGCAAGGGGAGAUCGAGUUAUGGUUUCUUAUGUGAGUGCGUUACUCUAUGGUGUCGGAGGUUUGAUGGUCGCCGGAAUGGCGUUACUGGUUGCCUUCCAGGAGAGAUUGGUUUAUGUGCCGGUUCUUCCCGGACUUACCAAAUCUUACGCGAUUAACCCGUCUCGGCUUCGCCUUGUUUAUGAGGAUGUCUGGCUUCGAUCUUCCGAUGGAGUCCGCCUUCACUCGUGGUUCAUCAAGCUCUUCCCCGAUUGCCGAGGUCCUACCAUCCUUUUUUUCCAAGAGAAUGCUGGAAACAUUGCCCAUCGUCUUGAAAUGGUUCGCAUCAUGAUACAAAGGUUACAGUGCAAUGUUUUCAUGCUUUCAUAUAGAGGUUAUGGAGCAAGUGAUGGUUAUCCUUCUCAGCACGGAAUUACUCGAGAUGCUCAGGCUGCAUUGGAUCAUCUUUCUCAAAGGACUGAUAUUGACACAUCUAGAAUAAUAGUGUUCGGAAGGUCACUUGGGGGUGCAGUUGGAGCUGUUCUUACCAAAAAUAACCCUGACAAGGUUGCCGCACUGAUAUUAGAAAAUACUUUUACAUCAAUUUUGGAUAUGGCUGGAGUUUUGCUACCCUUUCUAAAGUGGUUCAUUGGAGGCCCUGGAUCAAGAGGUCCCAAGGUUCUCAAUUUUCUUGUGCGUUCUCCAUGGAGCACCAUCGACGUAGUUGGCAAGAUUAAGCAGCCAAUUCUUUUCUUAUCUGGAUUACAAGAUGAGAUGGUUCCCCCAACCCACAUGCAGAUGCUGUAUGCCAAAGCAGCUGCUCAUAACAACCGUUGUCUCUUUGUCGACUUUCCCUCCGGCAUGCAUAUGAACACUUGGUUAGCUGGUGGUGAUCAUUACUGGAGAACAAUUCAGCAGUUCCUUGAUAAGAAUGUACUGGAUAAUAGAGAAAGUGAAUCAUCAGGAGACGACAAAGCUUUUGGCAGUAGAUGAGUUGCUGGGAAAUGGGGUUUAGAAUUAUAUUGAUUUGGUGUGUUCUUCUCCAAAUUGAUUGUGGCAUAUCCAGGAACUACAAGCUCCCUGUCGUCUCUUCUCUGAGAAGUUGGCUGCAGUAGAGAAGAAUCAUCAGAGCUAGUGGAAUGUGCUGCUGUAGUAAUCAAAUAUUCACUUGUAGGCCUCUUUUUUUGGGUCUUUUCUUUGGUUUUUAGGGUUGUAUGGCAGAGUCUGAGAGUGCCCUUUGAUGUGUUCUAUCAAAGACUGCAACUAAUUUUAGUUGUAUGAUAAUUUCCAAGGCAAAUAGAAAAAAAAAUGAAGCCAAAUUUUUGUUUUUAUGUAUUAUGCAUUUGAAAUCAAAUGCUGUUUGCCUUUGAUUCUCAAUUUGAUGUUUUUGUUGAAUUGGGAAUUUGAUUGAGAAGAAAGGGACAGAAGUUAUGAUGUGCUUUUACCUU